AAGGAUGGGGACAUUAUGUUGGGGGGAAUCUUCUCUUUCCACAGCAGAUGGAAAGACCGACAGGACACCUACAUGCACAAACCACUGCCACUGCAAUGCACCAGUUUGAAUUUCAGAGGGUUCCAGUUUGCCCAGGCUAUGCUAUUUGCCAUAGAGGAGAUCAAUAAUAACACAGAUCUACUACCUGACAUGUCUCUGGGCUAUAAGAUGUAUGAUGCCUGUGGCUCCAUUGCCAGAGGUGUGAGGGUCGCACUGGCCUUGGCUAAUGGUAAUGAAGAUGUAUCUGCACCCACCGAGGCACCAUGUACCAGACCUGCGCAAGUGCAGGCCAUUAUGGGAGAGACAUCUUCUUCUCCUUGCAUGGCUAUAUCUACUGUAAUCGGACCAUUUCAUAUCCCACUGAUCAGCCACUUUGCUACUUGUGCUUGUCUCAGUGAUAAAACCAAGUACCCAUCCUUCCUCAGAACAAUACCCAGUGACUACUACCAGAGCAGAGCCCUGGCCCAGUUAGUCAAGCACUUUGGUUGGACUUGGGUUGGAGCUAUUAGAACAAAUGAUGAUUAUGGAAAUAAUGGCAUGGCCACAUUUAUAGAAACCGCCCAGCAGCUUGGCAUCUGUGUGGAGUACUCUGUGCCAUUCUUUAGAACAGAUCCACCAGAGAAAAUACAAAAAAUAGUUGACAUUAUAAAAGCUUCUACUUCAAAGGUGAUUGUUGCUUUCCUCUCCCACAUGGAUAUGGAUGUGCUAAUACAUGUGUUGUCUAACCACAACUUGACUGGAUACCAGUGGGUAGGCAGUGAAGGCUGGAUCUUUGAUUCGCAUACUGCAGCCAUGGAUAGACAUCACGUUAUGGAAGGUGCUAUAGGCCUCUCAAUCCCCAAAGCACAUGUCAGUGGCAUGAGAGAGUUCAUGUUGGAUGUGAAGCCACUCAAUUCAUCGAGUAAUGAAAUGUUUACAGAGUUUUGGGAGGCAUUGUUUAGCUGUAAGUUCAAGAAGUCAAAGUCAUCAGCAGGGAAUGAGAGAGAAUGUACUGGACAUGAAGAUGUGACUCAAGUGCAAAACAGCUUCACUGAUAUGUCACUCAUGCCUAUAUUUUACAAUGUGUAUAAAGGAGUGUAUGCUGUGGCUCAUGCACUUCAUAGUAUUCUCAGCUGUAAUAAAACAUGUGACAACAAUGUGCAGCUAGAUCCAUUCAUGAUUUUACAGCACAUAAAAAAGAUUAAUUUCAAAACAAAGGAAGGAGAUGAGGUUUACUUUAAUGAAAAUGGAGACCCAGCAGCAAAGUAUGAAAUUAUAAACUGGCAGCCAUCAGAAAAUGGAAUUGUGGACUUUGUCACAGUUGGUCUUCAUGAUGCAUCAUUACCUGCAGACAAACAAAUGAAUCUGCAAAAUAAGACUUUAAUAUGGGCACAAAACUCUCAACAGGUGCCUGUGUCAGUUUGCAGUCAGAAAUGUCCCCCAGGAACUCGCAAGGUUCUGCAGAAAGGAAAGCCUGUCUGCUGCUAUGACUGUUUAAGAUGUGCAGAGGGAGAAAUAAGCAACAUUACAGAUUCUAUCACCUGUGUCCGAUGUCAUCCUGAGUUUUGGUCAAAUGAGAGAAGAGAUACCUGUGUGAAGAAGGAGGCAGAGUUUCUAUCAUAUGAAGAGAUUAUGGGAGCACUGCUCACUGCAGCGUCUUUAUUUGGAACAUGCAUGACUGCUGUUGUGGCAUUCAUUUUCUUCAGAUACAGACAGACUCCAAUUGUCAGAGCCAACAACUCUGAGCUGAGCUUCCUGCUGCUCUUCUCCUUGACUCUGUGUUUCCUGUGUUCUCUGACCUUCAUUGGUCGGCCCUCUGAGUGGUCCUGCAUGCUGAGACACACUGCAUUUGGCAUCACCUUUGUCCUCUGUAUCUCUUGUGUUCUGGGGAAAACAAUAGUAGUGUUAAUGGCCUUCAGGGCCACACUUCCAGGUAGUAAUGUGAUGAAAUGGUUUGGGCCAACACAGCAGAAACUCAGUGUUGUGGGUUUCACUAUUAUACAAGUUAUCAUAUGUAUCCUCUGGUUAACAAUUUCUCCUCCUUUUCCAUUCAAGAAUUUUAAAGAAUUCAAGGACAAAAUCAUCUUAGAGUGUGCUCUGGGGUCAUCUAUAGGCUUUUGGGCUGUACUUGGGUACAUAGGACUUCUGGCCAUGUUGUGUUUUUUUCUUGCUUUUCUGGCUCGGAAACUACCUGAUAAUUUCAAUGAAGCCAAAUUUAUCACCUUCAGCAUGCUGAUAUUUUGCGCAGUAUGGCUCACUUUUAUUCCAGCAUAUGUCAGCUCUCCUGGGAAGUUCAGUGUUGCUGUGGAGAUAUUUGCUAUUCUGGCUUCAAGUUUUGGACUGCUCAUUUGUAUAUUUAUUCCAAAAUGUUACAUUAUCUUACUGAAACCAGAGAAGAACACGAAAAAGAAUAUGAUGGGGAAAACAGCUUCAGUGUGUCUGGCAUUGAUUCUCCAACUGUUGAUAGUGGCAUCUUUCUCUCAGGCUGAUGAGCAGGUGUGCAGGAGAAGAGGGGAUCCUGAGAAUCCCCAGCUUUCUAAGGAUGGGGACAUUAUGUUGGGGGGAAUCUUCACUUUCCACAGCAGCUGGAAAGAGACACGGAAUAGCUACAUGCACAAACCACUGCCACUGCAAUGCACCAGUUUGAAUUUCAGAGGUUUCCAGUAUGCCCAGGCUAUGCUCUUUGCCAUUGAGGAGAUUAAUAACAACACAGACCUACUUCCUGGCAUCUCUCUGGGAUAUAAGAUCUACGAUGCCUGUGCCUCCAUUGCUAGGGGUGUCAGGGUUGCACUGGCUUCAGCUAAUGGUAAUGAACUUCUAUAUGCACCUUCUGAGGCACCGUGUACCAGACCUGUCCAAGUGCAGGCUAUUUUGGGAGUGACCUCUUCUUCUCCUUGCAUGGCUAUAUCUACUGUUAUUGGACCCUUUCAUAUUCCACUGAUCAGCCACUUUGCUACUUGUGCUUGUCUCAGUGAUAAAACAAAGUACCCAUCCUUCCUCAGAACAAUACCCAGUGACUACUACCAGAGCAGAGCUCUGGCCCAGUUAGUCAAGCACUUUGGUUGGACUUGGGUUGGAGCUAUUAGAUCAAAUGAUGAUUAUGGAAAUAAUGGCAUAGCCACAUUUAGAGAAGUCGCCCAGCAGCUGGACAUCUGUGUAGAAUACUCUGUGCCAUUCUUUAGAACAGAUCCACCAGACAAAAUACAAAAGAUGAUUAACAUUAUCAAAGCUUCUACUUCAAAGGUGAUUGUUGCCUUCCUCAAUCAUAUGGAUAUGGAUGUACUAAUACAUGAGUUUUCUCACCACAACUUGACUGGAUACCAGUGGGUAGGCAGUGAGGGCUGGAUCCUUGAUUCCCAAAUUGCAGCAAUGAACACCCAUCACAUUCUGGAUGGUGCCAUAGGCCUGUCCAUCCCCAAAGCACAUGUCAGUGGAAUGAGAGAGUUCAUGUUGGAUGUGAAGCCACUCAAUACAUCUACUAAUGAACUGUUUACAGAGUUUUGGGAGGCAUUAUUUAGCUGUAAGUUCAAACUGUCAAAAUUAUCAGCACAAAAUCUGAGAGAAUGUACUGGACAUGAAGAUGUGACCCGAGUGCAAAACAGCUUCACUGAUAUGUCACUCAUGCCUAUCUUUUACAAUGUGUAUAAAGGAGUGUAUGCUGUGGCCCAUGCACUUCAUAGUGUUCUCAACUGUGACAAAACAUGUGACAAUAAUGUGCGGCUAGAUCCAUUUAAGAUUUUACAGCACAUAAAAAAGGUUCAUUUCAAAACAAAGGAAGGAGAUGAGGUUUACUUUAAUGAAAAUGGAGACCCAGCAGCAAAGUAUGAAAUUAUAAACUGGCAGCCAACAGAACAUGGAAUUGUGGACUUUAUCACAGUUGGUCUUUAUGAUGCAUCUUUACCUGCAGACAAACAGCUGAAUCUGCAAAAUAAGUCUUUAACUUGGGCACAAAACUCACAACAGGUGCCUGUGUCAGUUUGCAGUGAGAAAUGUCCCCCAGGAACUCGCAAGGUUCUGCAGAAAGGAAAACCUGUCUGCUGCUAUGACUGUUUAAGAUGUGCAGAGGGAGAAAUAAGCAACAUUACAGAUUCUAUCACCUGUGUGAGAUGUGACCCUGAGUUCUGGUCAAAUGAGAGAAGAGAUGCCUGUGUAAAGAAGGAGGCAGAGUUUCUAUCAUAUGAAGAGAUUAUGGGAGCACUGCUCACUGCAGCCUCUUUAUUUGGAACAUGCAUGACUGCUGUUGUGGCAUUCAUUUUCUUCAGAUACAGACAGACUCCAAUUGUCAGGGCCAACAACUCUGAGCUGAGCUUCCUGCUGCUCUUCUCCUUGACUCUGUGUUUCUUGUGUUCUCUGACCUUCAUUGGCCGGCCCUCUGAGUGGUCCUGCAUGCUGAGACACACUGCAUUUGGCAUCACCUUUGUUCUCUGUAUCUCUUGUGUUCUGGGUAAAACAAUAGUAGUGCUAAUGGCCUUCAGGGCCACACUUCCAGGUAGUGAUGUGAUGAAAUGGUUUGGGCCUGCACAGCAGAAACUCAGUGUUCUGGGUUUCACUAUCAUACAAGUUAUCAUAUGUAUCCUCUGGUUAACAAUUUCUCCUCCAUUUCCCUUUAAGAAUUUUAAAGACUUCAAGGACAAAAUCAUCUUAGAGUGUGCUCUGGGUUCAGCUAUAGGCUUUUGGGCUGUACUUGGGUACAUAGGACUUUUGGCCAUGUUGUGUUUUUUUCUUGCUUUUCUGGCUCGGAAACUACCUGAUAAUUUCAAUGAAGCUAAAUUUAUCACCUUCAGCAUGCUGAUAUUCUGUGCAGUAUGGAUCACUUUUAUUCCAGCAUAUGUCAGCUCUCCUGGGAAGUUCAGUGUUGCUGUGGAGAUAUUUGCUAUUCUGGCUUCAAGUUUUGGACUGCUCAUUUGUAUUUUUAUUCCAAAAUGUUACAUUAUCUUAUUGAAACCAGAGAAGAAUACAAAAAAGAAUAUGAUGGGGAAGGGAACACCAAAAUCAUCCUAA